AGAUUUAAAAACAAUAACAUAUAACAGCUGUAAAGUGUAAACCUUAUGCGAAAAUAAUCGUUAUCGACGUGGUUAUUAAACUUGAAGAACAAAAUUAAAUAUGCUUAGACCUAGCAAGGUAAUAUGAAAUGUAAGAUACAUAAUAAAUUUAUAAAACAUUUAUUGUUUUUUGUUUCUCAGGGGAAAAAGUGGUUCAAACCCGUAUUCGACUUAGAUGAUAAUUUACCGGCAAAAAAAAUUGCACUUGAUUCGCCGAAAGUAAAAAGUCAAGACGACGUGAAAAAUCUACAAUUUGCAAGUAAUACAAAUAUUUUUAACAAUGUUCGAGACAGUAAUUGGAUGAAAAAUUUUGAUCCCGUAAAUAUAGAGGAUCUAGCAGUUAACAAUAAAAAAGUACUCGAACUUGAAGAAUGGAUGAAGAAUACUUGUUUGAAAAGCAACAACAAUAUACUACUUUUGUCUGGCCCGGUGGGUUGUGGAAAAACUGCGAGUAUUCAGACACUGGCUUCCAAAUAUAACAUAAAGAUCACAGAAUGGAUAACACCCCUAGAUAUUGAAUAUCCUUCUGAAUAUGGAGAAUAUGAAUUCAAAGAGCCACAAACAAAAAAGUUCCUAGAAUUUAUUAUCAAUUCUGCAAAUUUCACGUCAUUGGUAGAUAAUAACAGUUGCAAGUUGGUCCUUGUUGAGGAUUUUCCAAAUAUCUUUAUGAGAACUCCCGCUGAGUUUACGGAAGUGUUGACUCAGUAUAAACAGAGAGCGAAAUCUCCAAUUGUGUUUAUAUGUUCGGAAUCACACACUGAUACUAAAAACACAUCUUUUAACCUGUUUUCUUCAAGUUUAAAGGAACAGUUUCAAAUUCAUCAUAUCAUGUUUAAUGCGGUUACAUUAACAGGAUUAAAAGCAGCUCUUAAAAGGGCAUCUGCUAUCAUGAAUAGUAAAUUCAGUUCAACAUAUAAUAAUCCAACCAAUGAAAUUAUAGAUUCAGUUGUAAAUUCAUCGGGAGGUGAUGUCAGAUCAGCAAUAUUAAAUCUGCACUUUGCUUGUUUAAAAGGUUCUACAUGUAACUUGGAGACCAGCAUAAUAAAAGAAAAGGAAAGCAAAUCUAAAACAACAACCAGAAGGAAAAAGAAUGUGUCAAAUAAGUUUAUGACAUUAGGGAAAGAUCAAACAGUUAGUAUAUUACACGGAGUAGGCAGAGUCUUAAAUCCUAAAGAAACUGUGACAGAAAAUGGACACAAGACAUUAACACAUAAUCCGAAGGACAUUAUUGAGCAAUUUUUAAGUCAUCCAUCCUCAUUCGUGAACUUCCUCCAUGAGAAUUAUCUGCCGCAUUUCUCUGGCACUUAUGACGUUGAUGAGGCUGCCACAGCAUUAAGUAAUGCUGACUGUAUGUUGGCUGAAUGGAGGGAACAAAUUUGUCAAGAGUAUGGUUUAUAUACAGCUGUAUCCGGACUUAUGUUGGCUAACAAAUCACCUGUUCCGGCUUGGAAUCCUGUGAGAGGACCAAAAAACAUGAAAGUUAUUUAUCCAACACUUCAGGAAUUAUCUUUGUUAGAUCCCAAUGUCUUGUAUAAGGGGAAGACACUUGUGACAGACUACUCGACAUACCAUAAGAUUAUAAGCAGUUGAAACUAACCAAAUAAAUAUCAUAAGUUAUUUUUUACUUAUUAGUCCAAUUACAUUAGAUAAUGUAUUGAAAAUAAAACAAUAUAUUAUUA